AUGGGAUGCCAUAUAUAAACGGGUCGAUAAGUUUAGUCAAAAAAUGAACCUAUUCCUUGUUUUGAAUAAUAACUAUUAGAGAUUGAUAAGAGGGAAUUUUUCAAGAAUAAAAAGUGUUUUUAAAUAAUUUUGAAACCUAUUUUGUAUUCUUUUUCAUAAGAAAAAGGAGAAACAGAUACCUCAGACUAAAAUAGUUGA